UGCCAGUGCUCGGAGCGCCGUCGCCAUCUUCUCAUUUGAAACAUAACCACGUCGGAGAACAAAUUUCAAAUUGGAUUCCAAAGUGGGACAGUUGAUCUGAUCUGUAGAGACGAAGGUAGAAGCUGGAGACGGGAUUGGUUAUUUCUUCCGGCGAAUGGAUAACGGCGGCAAAUUCCGAUGCGUCGAGUGUGGAUUAGCAAUCAACUCUCUCUACAUUCAAUACUCUCCCGGCAACAUCCGCCUCAUGAAAUGCGAGAACUGUAAAGCUGUCGCCGACGAGUACAUCGAGUGCGAAAUCAUGAUUCUCAUGAUUGAUUUGAUUCUCCAUAAAAGGGAAGCCUAUAUGCACUUAUUCUAUAAUAUGUUUACUCGAGAGAAACUCAAAUUUGAGGGAUUGUUAUGGAAAUCACUUCUGGGAUUUCUUCUCAUGGAUUCUUACAGAGUGAUGGUCUUAAGCACUAGUCCAAAGGAAAGGAUCUGGCCUGCAAGCUUCAAUUCAUUUUUGUCCAUCUAUGGAAAGGUUCUGUAUGGAGUCCUCUUUGGGAACCUCAUCUUUCUCGGAAUGUUACUAUUUGGCACAAGGCGGUUUCUGAAUGCAACCAGUAGAGAAUCGGGGUUUAGGUCUGUACUGCUUGCAAUCCUUGUCUCAAGUUACUUAAAGAUAUUCCUUGUGGCGAUGAUGGUAUGGGAAUUUCCUCGCCCUGUUAUUUUCAUUAUUGACAUGUUUGUCUUCUCAUCCAAUACACUAGCAUUGAAAGUGGUUACUGACAAAGACAUGAUUAGAUGCCUAUGGAUCUGCUUGGCUGCACAUACCAUGAAGUUAUUCAUUGAGCAAAGCCUCAUAGGAUUUCCAGCUGUCUCCCAAAUCUAUUCAUCUUCAUAGUUACUUUGAAUUGCAAACUUCUGUUCCUGCCAAUAUAUGGUACUGGCUUCAGAGGCGUGGUUUCAAUUUCCAUAUAUUACUUUUCAUCUGCCUAGCAGAGUAGCGGAAACUAUAUAUAUAAUAUAUAUGUUCCAUCUUUUGAGUAUCUGUGGAAGUCAGCCAGGGUAAUUGAGCGCCAAACUGGUUCAAUUAAUCUCAUUCAUUUGGAUCAAGAAACUAUAAUGUUAUUGUAUGUUUACAGAUCUUCCUGUUUAUGAAAAAUAAAAUUGUGCCUAGAGUCAGUAAUGAAAAGGAAAACCACACACUCUAGAGACACAGCCUUCUCCUACAUGCCUCGAAGGGGAGUGAAACCGCGCAAGGAGAGGAGGAGGAGGAGCCCAAGUCUUUAACGAGCUCUUGAAUCAAGUCUGCGCAGAUGUAAUCUUGUAAAACCAGUCCGAUUUUUCCACCCUCUCUGUGCUCGCCGCAAGCUAUGUCUCUGCACACUUCCUCCACGCUCUGAACCAUCGCUUUGCUGCACCACAUUACAGGAGAGGCGGCAACUGCCUCGCGCUUUGUUCGGAAAGAACUCGUCGUGAACUUCUUCAGAAUACAGUUGGUACUGUCAUAAUCUGUCCCUGCCUUCUUGCUCCUUUGCACAAUGUGGAUUGCUGCAGAAUAUGUAAAACCCCAUUUUUUUUAGGGAAACAGACAAGACAAACAAAUGUAAUCAUGCAUGAAUUUAAGAAUGGAGAGAUGAGAAGCUGGGAAUGAAGUUUCUGAACAGUUUUGUUUUCUUGAAAACAGGAAAUAAUAAAGGGAAGAAGAAAAGGUUAAUGUGGAGAUGGUGGAGAGUGGACCCAAAGCAGAGAAAGUGGAGGGGGAGGUCUGCAAACUAAAGCAGCAAUUAUGAUUGUGUGCUUUGCCUUUUGUGUGUCUCUUUGGAUGCUUUGUUUUUCACUUUGGUACCUUUCAUCAUUUUUUGACCGUAUCAUCAUCAUCAUCAUCAUCAGUAA